AUGCUGAAAGGGGGCUUUGCUUGGCACUACAAAAUGUGCGACAAACGUCCUGAAUUUGCAAAAUGGCAGAGAGAGGCGAAAAAGGCACGCCGAGGGCUUUGGUCGUUAGAUAAACCUCAAAAACCAUGGAUUUGGAGGAGAGAUAAUCCACGCAUUGACAACAAGAAGGGGAAUGCAGAUGACAUUCAGUUAGUUACAAGCAGGGUAUUGGAUGGUGGAGGGUUUUUCAGCAUGCUCUGUCGUUACAAGCAGGUAGAACCGCAGAACCAGGUCAAUGAGAGCAGUAUAGCUCUACCAUUGUUGAUAAUGAAAGAUAUGGAGGAUCUGGGUAGGAAAUGGAAAGGGAGUUUGGAAAAUUUUGUGUCUGAGAACAUGAAACUACACGAUCAGGUCCAGGAGUUAAAGAGAGAUAAGAAGGAGGCUGAGGAACGUGCUAGAAAGGCAGAAAAAGAAAUGGAAAGUGCUGUGGCUGACAACAUGAAGCUGAAUGCUCAGCUCCAGGAAUCUGAAAUUAAUAAAAGGGAGGCCGAGGACCGAGUUUUACAGUUAGAUUUCUUCUCAGGAAGUGUUGCAGCUGUAAACAUGGAUUUGCACAAUAAGAUUGAGGUUUUAGAGAAUGAGAAUAAAAAGGCCAAGGACAGAGCCAAGGAGGCAGAAAGUGAAAUGGAGAGUGUUGUGGCUGAGAACAGGAAACUGAACGAUCAGCUCCAGGUAGUAGAGGGCCAAGCAGUGAAGCUGAAAUAUUUUUGUGAAAAGGUUGCAGGUGUAAACAUAGUUUUGCACCGUAAGCUGGAGGGGUCAGAGGAGAAGAAUAAAAAGGCCGAGGAGCAAGCCAAGGAGAAAGAGAAGGAGAUGAAAACUAUUCUGGAUGACAAUGCGAAACUAAGUGAUCAGAUUCAAAAAUUAAAUAAGAUAAAUAAAGAGAUUACCGCCUUUGCUAAUAAUAGUAAAAGGAAAUUGCAAAGUGUUCUAGCCGCAAACAUGGAUUUGGAUAAAAGGGGGGUGGAGCGAGCUACUUUGCCAGAUAAGGGAUUGGAAAUUGUUGGAGUUGAAAACAUGAAGGAGAAAUUACAAGGCAUAAGUCACAAGAAGAGUGAACAAACUGUGGAGACCCCAUCGGCAACUCCAACCAAAGACUCUGGGGUGAAAAAACCCACUGUGUGGCGGAUAAAAAUGACCGCAACGACAUCUUCGGCGCCUCCACCAAAGGGUCAUUAUGAAUAG